GAGAUUCUAGAUCUCUGCUUAAGAGAGUUAUUCUGACUUGUCGCUUUCACAUGUUCCAUGCGAUGAUAUAGAGAGGUUGUCCGACGGUCUAUCUGCUCUGUAGUUUUACACAGUAUUUUCGAUGAAGUCUUGGGAUAUGCCAUUUACAUCUGAUACGAACAGGAAUACCAGGGAAGAGGAAGGCAGGCCAUCUAGAAAUCAAACUCACGAUAAUUCCUCCGCGAUCACGCCAUCUUUGAAGCUCAAGUACAAGAUGGAAACGACGAAGUACGAGCCAACACAUACGACUCUGCAAGCCAGUAUUGUAACUUAUCCCAAUUUCUAUGCUGAUAAGCAUGUCGGACUGGGUGUAUGACCCUUCAUCCGUCCCCGACUCCAUUCCUGAUGUGGACGAAUCUGGUCUGGCUGCCAAUGUCCUUCUUGUCCCGGCUCCUCCAGGCACAGGCGCCAACCUCCCGUCGGCUUCGUUCAUGGCAAACUUUAUUUCAGCCGACGUAGAGGAGUGUGCCUCAUGGAUUCAAGACGGCCCUCAGGUCAAUGACCUUUUAUUAGAAUUCUAUACCCCGCCACCCGCAUACCAAGAAAUUAACGCCAUCUCAACCAGGUUCAACGCAGAUUUCAUGCACAACGGAAUGCUCCCAGAUACUCGGCUCGUCUCCUCCGACCUGGUUCUAUUUCUCGCCCAUCGUCACAUGCUCGUCGAUGCAACUACCAAUCGAUUUAAUGCCCUCUUGGACAGUCUCGGGUCCUUUACUAUCGUCCCGGAGACGUCUGAUUUUCUCAAUAUCAUCCUACACGCCAUCUACGGACUUCCAUGCUCCCAGUUCCAGCCCACUAUUGACACGCUGAUGACCGCAGUUUGCCUCCUCCCAAAGUACGGCUUACAGCCCAAGAAGUACAUCCGACCAUCGUCGCCGCUAUUCAACGAUAUUCAUUACCAAAUGCCGCUCUCGCCACUUAUGACAUACGUUGUAGCGUCGAACUAUGAGCUUGAAGAGCUUGCCGUCAUGACGUCGGCUCAUCUCCUGUCGUUAGAUACAUCUACCAUCGGCGACGACAUAGUAGAGUUCAUCAAUCCAGUAUACCUCAAGCGCCUCUUUGACUUGCAGCAGAGGCGUGUCGAUACGCUCAAGCGUCUUUUUGCUGUUCCUCCAAACCCACAUCCUUCGACGCCUCACUGCAACUUUAUAGCUCAAAAAUCUUUGACUAGAGCGUGGGAUCUGUAUACUGCUCGUCUGCUGUGGGAUGCUCGAGCAGAUAUGACUGUGGGCACCAUUGAGCGUACGUACCGGACGCUUGACGACCACGUUGCAUGCUUCGACUGCAAGUGUGCUCUUAGAGAGCGUGUCAAAGGUAUCGUUAUUGAAUGGUCAGAGCAACAGCGAACAAUUUAGCUGAUCGGUGUUUUCUGUUUUGUACGAGUCCAGUAUCCAUGGCUUAUCAGGCGGAAACGUUUAUCGACCGUAAACGUUGUCAUGCGGCGACCUCGAGUCCUCGUUCCCAUAAGUAUCACUUGGCAAGUUU